AGAGAAAACUGUGAAUGAAUAAGAGAGCGUAACAUCGACAAUUGCACAAGAGCACUUACCAGCACUUACUAAAUACUACAUAGUUAAUGUUAAAUCCACUGUUGAUUACAAACAUAUCAAACAUGACCAGAAAUUUGUUGCUGCUAUUACUCUAAUUUUUGAUAAGUUGUUUCAAUAAUAUUGUAGCGAAGAAAGAAAUUAAAAUGUCCCGUGAAAGUACUAAUUUGGUGGACAACACCGUGACUGGACGGUCUUCAAAGGAACGUAAAGAAAUCUUAAGGGAAAUUAUAACCAAAGCCGAAUCUCUUCGUAAGAUCUCUAUGUAAAUUUAAUGUAUAUAAUAUGUGUGAUUUUUAUCUAGAAACGUAUUAAUAUCACGAAAAAUAUGUACGACAUGUAACAAAUUUUGAAAUUAGUUAAAUAAAUCACAUGCACAUACAUUGUAUAAUAUAGAGUGUUUCAUGCUUCCCAUGCAUAUUUAAAAUGAGUCGAAGGAAAAAGAUGUCAUAUGUACUACAAAACAACGUAGCAAAUCUCAAAAUCUUGUUUUUAAAAAUACAGCUUGUUCCAGUUGCAUGGAAUAUUCUUAUAAGAAUAAACUAGUAAGAAUAUGUAAUUUACAGAAGAGGCAGUCGGUGAUAUCACUAUAAACACGUUAAACGUAUGUAUGGAACAAACAGAUAUUAUAAACAAUGAAACAACUCUGGGUGAAAAAAUACAUAAUCAAGAGCAAGUAUUAUUAGAUUCUGAAAUGAUGAACAUAUCAUCUAAAGUCCUAAAACAAUGCACGCGUGCUUUAACAAAGCAUAUGAGCACUUAUAAUUAUGUAGAAUUUGCCCAGGAAGUGGUACAAUAUGUAAAACAACAACCAAAUAUAGAAUCAGAAGUAAUAGAUUGGUCAUAUUUAGAAAACAAAGUUAUAAAAUGUUUUAAAACAACUCCUAAAUACAGCACAUUAUUAGGUACAUUAGUACCAUUGGAGAGAAAGGACAUAACUAGAAGAAAACCAGCAAUCAGAGAUGCUCGGGCACAGAUAAGAAGGCCUGAAAAUGUUGAAGUCGUUGAUAAAGAAGAGGAAGGCUUAGAACAGACUGUGAAAAUGAAAGCUUUUAUUACGCGGCAGUUUAAAACUAAUCAUAAACCUCUCGAUUUCUUCAAGCUUGUUUUGCAUCCUUCAAACUUUGGAAAAACGAUCGAAAAUAUUCUGCAAAUAUCUUUCCUAGUCAGGGACGGAAAAAUACAAGUGACAAAAGAUAGUUCUGGGAUCCUAGUGGUUCAACCAUGUACAAAAGAUACUAUGCGAACAACAACUGGACAAACUUCAAAUAUUCAGAAUAUUGUCUACUUAAAUAUGGAUCAGUGGAAGAUGCUUAAAGACACUUAUCGAAUAGAAAAACCUAUGAUAAAUUUUUAAUAACGGAACGUAAAACAUUUGAUUUCAAUAUUAGUUGCAGUAAGAAUAAUCUUUGUCAUUUUCGAUCUAUAUUUUGUAAAGAGUAUGAAUUAUUCCGUUUAAAAUAACAGAAAAAAAUAUACUUUUGUACUUAAAAUAAA